AUGAUCUCCCCAAAGAAGCACGCCGUUUUCGACGUGGUCGGCACCUGCGUGUCAUUCGAUAUCUUUUUCGACACCAUCGAACGGAUUCUCGGCCCACGACUACGAGCACAUGCAGUGUCGGCCAAGAUAUUCGGAUUUUCAUGGAUGCAAUCUGCUGAGCUCGAGUCUCUAAUGCUCCACAUGUCCAAGCGGAAAGUGCCAUACAAGGAAGUUUUCAGGGCGCUCUUUUACCGCGUCUUAUAUAUGUCCGGGAUCGAGGACCCGAGAUCAUUUGCGACCGACGAGGAAAGAGACAUAUGCCAGGAUGCGUAUUCAAAGUUGGAACUCCGCCCGGAUUGCCGCGCAAUGAUGGAAAAAUUGAGAGAUAAUGGUUUCACUAUCUGGUGCUUGACCACGGGCGACACAGAAAGAGUCGGCGGGUACUUUAAGCGCGCUGGGUUUGAAAUGCCCGCCGAGAACCUCGUCAGUUGCCAUCAGUUUAUGAAGCAUGACUCUGCAUUGGAGUCCCCGCUUGAUAUGGUCAAGCCUUCGAUGGGGUCCUACAAGCCCAUGCUCGAUAAGUUCGCUCCUGAGGAUCAAAAGUGGUUCGUGGCGGCGCAUAUGUGGGAUGUGAGCGCAGCCGUUAAAGCUGGCUUCCGUGGCGCUUACUGCUCCGUCUAUGAGAAGGAGUCUUGUAUUGAGAUCUUUGACACCAAGAUGGAUGUCAUGGCCGACACUUUGCUCGAAAUGGCCCACAAGAUGAUUGAUGUGGCUUCCUGA